UCGGCGCCGGAGAUUCGCGAGCCGAGCGCCGUGCGCGGCCGCCCGCCGGCCUCCCGCCAGCCUGUCCGGACCCGCGGCUCGACCGCGGAGCCGCGCCGGAGCCGGGCUCUCGGCAGGAAACAAUGAAGGGAGACACCAGACAGCUCAACAGAGAGGAGGACGCCAGCGGGAGGGAAGACUCCAUCAUCACCAAUGGGGGCUGCAGCGACCAGUCUUCUGAUUCCAAGGACGCACCCUCGCCCCCGAUCCUGGAGGCUAUCAGCACCCCGGAGAUCAGAGGCCGAAGAUCAAGCUCGCGACUGUCCAGGAGGGAGGUCUCCAGCCUGCUAAGUUACACUCAGGAUCUGACGGGUGAUGGAGAUGGCGAGGGGGAAGACGGAGAUGGUUCCGACACACCAGUGAUGCCGAAACUCUUCCGUGAAACCAGGACUCGGUCUGAAAGCCCAGCUGUCCGAACCCGCAAUAACAGCAUUGCUUCCAGCCGGGAGAGGCACAGGCCCUCCCCACGUGCCACCCGAGGCCGGCAGGGCCGCAGUCACGUGGACGAGUCCCCCGUGGAGUUCUCAGCUACCAGGUCCCUAAGGCGGCGGACAACUUCAUCAGCAGGCACGCCGUGGCCAUCCCCUGCCAGCCCCUACCUCACCAUUGACCUCACAGAUGACGACGUGGUCCCCCAGAGCAGCAGUACUCCCUAUGCCCGCCUGUCCCAGGACAGCCAGCAGGAGAGCUUGGAGUCCCCACAGGUGGACGCAGAGGGUAGAGAAGCAGACAGCAGCGAGUAUCAGGAUGGGAAGGAAUUUGGAAUAGGAGACCUCGUGUGGGGAAAGAUCAAGGGCUUCUCCUGGUGGCCUGCCAUGGUGGUGUCCUGGAAGGCCACCUCCAAGCGCCAGGCCAUGUCUGGAAUGCGGUGGGUCCAGUGGUUCGGGGACGGCAAGUUCUCCGAGGUCUCUGCAGAUAAACUGGUGGCCUUGGGGCUGUUCAGUCAGCACUUUAACCUGGCAACCUAUAAUAAGCUGGUCUCUUACAGGAAGGCCAUGUACCAUGCUCUGGAGAAAGCCAGGGUGCGAGCUGGCAAGACUUUCCCCAGCAGCCCCGGAGACUCACUGGAGGACCAGCUGAAGCCCAUGUUGGAGUGGGCCCACGGGGGCUUCAAGCCUACUGGGGUCGAGGGCCUCAAACCCAACAACAAGCAACCAGUGGUUAAUAAGUCGAAGGUGCGUCGUGCAGGCAGUGGGAAGUUAGAAUCAAGAAAAUACGAGAACAAGACCCGAAGACGCACAGCUGAUGACUCGGCCGCCUCCGACUACUGCCCCCCACCCAAGCGCCUCAAGACCAAUUGCUAUAACAACGGCAAAGACCGCGGAGAAGAGGACCAGAGUAGAGAGCAAAUGGCCUUGGAUGUUACCAACAACAAGAGUAGUCUGGAAGAUAGCUGUUUGUCCUGUGGUAGGAAAAACCCCGUGUCCUUCCACCCUCUCUUUGAGGGUGGGCUCUGCCAGACGUGCCGGGACCGGUUCCUCGAGCUCUUCUACAUGUACGACGACGAUGGCUAUCAGUCCUACUGCACAGUGUGCUGCGAGGGCCGCGAGCUACUGCUCUGCAGCAACACGAGCUGCUGCCGGUGCUUCUGCGUGGAGUGUCUGGAGGUGCUGGUGGGCUCAGGCACGGCGGCGCAUGCCAAGCUGCAGGAGCCUUGGAGCUGCUACAUGUGCCUCCCGCAGCGCUGCCACGGUGUCCUGCGGCGCCGCAAGGACUGGAACGUGCGCCUACAGGCCUUCUUUACCAGCGACACCGGGCUGGAAUACGAAGCCCCCAAGUUAUACCCUGCGAUUCCUGCAGCCCGAAGGCGACCCAUUCGAGUCUUGUCCCUGUUUGAUGGAAUCGCCACAGGGUACUUGGUCCUCAAAGAAUUGGGCAUCAAAGUGGAGAAGUAUGUCGCCUCAGAAGUGUGUGAAGAGUCUAUCGCAGUUGGAACCGUUAAGCAUGAAGGCAACAUCAAAUAUGUGAAUGACGUCAGGAACAUCACGAAGAGAAACAUCGAAGAAUGGGGCCCCUUUGACUUGGUGAUUGGUGGAAGCCCGUGCAAUGAUCUCUCCAAUGUGAACCCUGCCAGGAAAGGCCUCUAUGAGGGCACAGGCCGACUUUUCUUUGAGUUCUACCAUCUGCUGAAUUACUCACGACCCAAGGAGGGUGAUGACCGGCCAUUCUUCUGGAUGUUUGAGAAUGUGGUAGCCAUGAAGGUCGGUGACAAGAGGGACAUCUCUCGGUUCCUGGAGUGUAACCCAGUGAUGAUUGAUGCCAUCAAAGUGUCUGCUGCUCACAGGGCCCGAUACUUCUGGGGCAACCUGCCUGGGAUGAACAGGCCUGUGAUAGCAUCAAAGAAUGAUAAACUCGAGCUGCAGGACUGCUUGGAGUUCAAUAGGACAGCAAAGUUAAAGAAAGUACAGACAAUAACCACCAAGUCGAACUCGAUCAGACAGGGGAAAAACCAACUUUUCCCUGUUGUCAUGAAUGGCAAAGAAGAUGUUUUGUGGUGCACUGAGCUAGAAAGGAUCUUCGGCUUUCCCGUACACUACACGGAUGUGUCCAACAUGGGCCGUGGUGCCCGCCAGAAGCUGCUGGGGAGGUCCUGGAGUGUGCCUGUCAUCCGACACCUCUUCGCCCCCCUGAAGGACUACUUUGCUUGUGAAUAGUUCCCCAGGCGCACUGGGGCUCUGGGGCUUGUGGGGCAGAGCCAGGACCCAGGAGGUGCAGCCCGAGCUCUGCCUCUCCUCAGCUCAGCUGUGUGGGGUCACACUGCGUACCUCGGCGGGAGCAGAGCCGCCUGAUCCCCUCCUGGCAGGGGAGCCCUAGGUGCCACCUCCUCAUGCACAGUUCAGACCUGGCCGCUGGGAGUGGCCGAACAACGGUGCUCAUUUUGUCUUCUCUGAAAACUUUUAAAACUUGAAGUAGGUAGUAAGAUGGCUUUUUUUCCCUCCUGGGUUCAUGGCUCAGAGAAAUGAUGGCUAAGAUACCAAAACCACAGUGCCGACAGCUCUCCAAUACUCAGGUCAAUGCUGAAAAAUCACCCAAGCCAGUUGUUGCAAGACUUUAAUAUUUUUAAAUGUCUGCAGCUCCUUGUUUCCAGGAGCAUGCAGUGGUAGACGUGUAGCUAAGGGACAUUUUAAGGGCCCAGGAUGUUUUUUUCUAGGGCUAGCAGAAGAGGAAAUGAUGUUUAUGUCUUUCUUGAAUUUCCCCCGGCACGUCCCCCAGCCUCAGUAUAAAGGGCUGGGAUGCGAUGUUGGGGCCCAUUUAGAGUAUUUUCCACAAUGAUGAUGAUUUCAGCAGGGAUGACGUCAUCAUCACAUUCAGGGCUACUUUUUUCCCCACAAACCCAGGGGCAGGGCCACCCUUAGCUAAGUCCCUCCCAGCGACUGCAAUGGAACCCUCCGGGGAGCUCAGGAAGGGGUGGGCUGGGUUAUAUAAGCUGCCAUAUUAUGUAGACAGGUGUAGCUUCUCACUAUCUUCCUAUUCCCUAUAUGAGGGGAGUGAAGGAGGAGGCUUAGGUAAGACCCCUCCCCGACCCCCCCAAUUUACCCUCCAGACUACUUGGCAGGCACACGUCCCCAGAUGAGAAGCACGACACCCUAAUUCCUCAGCCUUUUUCUAAACUCAGAAGCAGUGACAGCCAGGGGCAGAAGCACAUUCCUCUCACUUUCCCCUCAUCUAAGAGAUUGCAGGGGGAAACUACAAUAAAAAAAAGCUCGACCCUCCCUCCAGAGGUUUUUAAGUCCUUUUUUAUUCCAUGAUACGUCAUUUUUUACGGGGAAUGGGAGGUCGGACAAGCUGCAUUUCAGAAAUGCUGUCGUAAUGGUUUUUAACACCUUUUACUCUUCUUACUGGUGCUAUUUUGUAGACUAAGGAAUGACGUUGACAGGUUUUGUGGGAGUUUUUUUAUAUACUUUUUUUUUUAAAGAAUCUCAGACUUCUAUUUUUAUGUUUUAACAUUUUCAUAAUUUUUUUUUGUAACUGGAGCCACGUAACAAGUAUGGGGAAAAAUUGUGCCUUGUUUCAACAGUUUUGCUAAUUUUUAGGCUGAAAGAUGAUGAAUGCCUAGAGUUUACCUUAUGUUGAAUUAAAAUCAGUAUUUCUCUAUAA